AUGUGGUUACAAUCUUUGGCGGAGGUCGUUGCUUUGGGCCUCGCCCUCCAGUUUCCCCACUUUGUAAAUGCGCAAACCAGCAGUGACUGGAAGCUGUCUGAUUCUCCGCCUCGCGAUCUCUUCCUUCGCCGGGCGCACGCUAGAGUCGCGGUUCUUGGCAAUUAUGCUUACAUCGAUGGCGGAGAGAUGUCCCAGCUCGCGGCGGACGGCAAACCGAUUCAGAACCGAGGAUCGAAUGCCGUCAAUUCAACUCUUUCCAUCGAUCUGUCCCAGUCAUGGACUGCUUCGAACGUCACGAUAAGAAUAAUCGAAAAGCCGAUCACCGGAAUGGACGGACAAGCGAUGUGGAAGAACGAAGGGCUGAAAACGUUCUUCAUCUGGGGCGGCCACAUACCCUAUGGCGGAAAGAUUGGACCUGCUGAAUCCUGGAAGUUCGAAGCCGACGGCAAGGGUGGCGGCGAAUGGGUUACGGAAUCACCAGCCAAUCCCUCUCUGUUCAGCGAGUUACGGCGAAACGAAGAUGGAGCGUUUGUGAGCACGCCAGACGCUGGAUUCUGGUUUGGAGGUCUCGCAUCUGCUUGGACGAACCCCAAUGCUUAUGUGCAGGCCGUGCCCGGAGUUCUGUCUUACAACAUGACGACUAAAGUCUGGACCAACGAAACAACACCUGGCUUUUCUGCCUUCUCGAAAUAUGGUACUAUGAUCGGCGGUGGUGGCGUUUAUAUCCCUACGUUCGGUGACAAUGGCCUGAUCGUUGUAAUGGGAGGGUGUCUUUAUACUCUCGAGCCGAGCCAAAAGGGUCCAUAUGGAUGGAUGGACUUCAGCAACUUGACUUUCUACGACCCCAUCACAAAGGACUGGUACUGGCAGCAGACCACUGGAAAUGCACCCACGCCGCGCAGGGGCUUCUGCUCUGUCGGCGCCGAGGGUAAGAACGGAACCUAUGAGAUCUUUGUGUUUGGAGGAACGAAUACUGAAACCGGUUCCACUUUCGACGACGUCUUCGUACUGAGUUUGCCGGGCUUUGUAUGGACUCAGGUACAAUACCAGUCGAAGAACCUGCGGAGAUACCACAAUUGCGCAGUGGUUGGCCGCCGCCAGAUGUUGUCUGUUGGAGGAACUGAUGGCAUAACAGGCUGGUCUGGCGCGGACCCAUGGCCAAAUGGGCUGGGCAUAUUUGACAUGACGGAUUUGAAAUGGAAGAGUGACUAUGACACCAAUGCGGAAGACUACGAAACUGCAAAGUCGAUUCAAGACUGGUAUCAAAAUAGUGGCGUUAAUAGCGUUAAAUGGUCAUCAGAGCGAGUUCAGAAGGUUUUCACCAAGGCAACGAGUUCAAACGGUUCAUCUGAAGAAAAUCCGAGCUCAGGGACCGAUAAAACUCCCGGAGCUAACGACAACAACAACAAUCUUGACGGCGAAAGUCAGAAUAGGCUUUCAACAGCGGUUAUUGCCGGGGUUGUUGUUGGUGCUGUUCUGGGAAGCAUUAUGGUGGCCGCUGCGUUCUGGUUUAUUCGCCGACGGAAACAGAAAUCGCUGGCAGCCGCUACUGUUCGAGGCGAAGAACCGGGUGUGAACCCUUAUUAUGAACCAAUCCUACCAGGAGAGCUACCUUCACAGCCUUCUCGAACAGAGCUUUAUGGAGGUCCCGGCUCAGAAGAUGGUUCAUCUUCGAACGGGCCCAAAGUUGAAAUGAUGGGUUCUCAUGGUCAUCAUUUCACUGUUGCAGAGCUGGAUGCGCACCAGUAUCAAGACGAAGAACGAUUGAGGAAGUGA